AACCAACCUGGCAGCCUGCCAACAAAGAAAUAAUCACUGAACCUCUUCUUCUCACGUGACGUCCUUUGUUCCCUCCGCCCUCUUCCAAAAAAAUAAUCCCACCUCGAAACCAAAACGCCCACACAAACCUCACUCUUUUGUUGUCUCUUCUCUCCUCUCUUUGCACUUCCGUUAACAAUGGCAGCUUCCUUAACAGUCUCAAGGUUUCUCUCGCCAACCGCCCUCUCUUUUUCCACUACCACCGCCAAACUUUACCCUAAAUCCUUUUCGUCGAAACUCUCCUUUUCUCCCCGUUCCCUCAACCUCCACCGCCGCCCUUCAAAACCCAUUUCCUUUUCCACCAAAACAACCCAAAUCUGCGCCUCAAUCUCCGUCGGAGACAAGCUCCCCGACGCAACCCUCUCCUACUUAGACGCCGACGGAGAACUCCAAACCACCUCAAUCUCCUCGCUAACCGCCGGCAAAAAAGCCGUCCUCUUCGCCGUUCCGGGUGCUUUCACUCCCACCUGUUCCCAGAAGCACCUCCCGGGCUUCGUCGAAAAGUCGGGGGAACUCAAAGCCAAAGGGGUGGACACCAUUGCCUGCGUGUCGGUGAACGACGCAUUUGUGAUGCGUGCGUGGAAGGAGAAUCUGGGGAUUAACGACGAGGUUCUGUUGUUAUCUGAUGGGAAUGGGGAGUUCACGAAGAAAAUCGGGUGUGAAUUGGAUUUGAGUGAUAAGCCCGUUGGGCUGGGAGUCCGCUCCCGAAGAUACGCGCUUUUGGCUGAAGAUGGAGUCGUUAAGGUUCUUAAUUUGGAGGAAGGUGGUGCUUUUACCUUCAGCGGGGCUGAAGACAUUCUCAAAGUGCUCUGAUUUUGGUGAGAUUGGACACUGGGGACUAUCUAGUUAUUCGUUAAACUCGGUCCUUGGGUAGUUUUUGUUUUGUUAAUAACAAUGAGCCAGAAUCUGAGAAAUCUUUUGAUGAAAUGUUAGCAAUAGAAAGAUAUUUAUGAGAUUUUGGAUGAAUCUUUUCGUUUGAUGUUUUUUUUUUUUGGAAUUCUCUCUUUGGAAAUAAUUCGAGUGUUCACGUUGUUGUGUA